AUUUAUAAUGCAUUUUGACAUUUGAAAAAAUUUACCAGGAAUGUACUUUAUCAUAUGGAUAGAUUUAAUUAGGCUUUGCAUUAAAAAGCAUUGUAUCUAAAUUUCAAAAAUUCUCAAGUUAGAUAUUCAAGUAAUAAAAACAUUUUAUCUAUUUAAAUAAGUUCUUGAAGUGUUUUUUGAUCAGAGCCAUGCAUUUCACAACCAAUAGCUUUUCUUCCUUUGUGUUACUAGCUCUUGCUGAUUUGGCCUACAAUAGGAUUUGCCUAUCAACAAACAAAGUGCAUUCUGGUCUUGCUUGGGUACUACAUUAGUGAACAAGAAAUAUUGUAACCAAACUACUCCAUAAUGCACCACAACCCAUCAACCGAUGAAGAAGUUGUGUACACCGGAAAUGACGUCUUUGGAAAUAAAGCGAUGAGAACCCCUCCCCCUGGCCCUAUUCCAGCUAGUCUAGUUCCACAGGAAGCCCACAGCCAGAACCCUUGAGCCGAAUACACCGGAUGGUUUGUUGAACUCGGAACGCUAAAAUAGGAAAAGAUCAAGGAAUAAAACUUUAUGCUGCGCCCAUUCUACAAACGCCAUGGACUAUUCUACGCUGUUUUAGUAAACCUAAACCUUAUUUCUAAUCUAAGUAUGGCUCACGAAAACUCGAUCAUCGCGAGUAGGUACCCAAGCGUCCACUCUGCUGGGAUCAGUGAAAUUCACGAUGUUCCUAUUCAUGUUAUUAUUCGUCCAAUUCCUUCAUCCCUCGACCAAGAAAAAGUUUCUUCUUUGAUGGAGACGAUUAAGGGCCAAAAUACCAAGUACCUCGUCCCACCCAUCGACGUGCUAUGGAUCAAAGGUAGACAAGGUGGUGAUUACUUCUAUUCCUUUGGUGGUUGUCAUAGAUAUGAAGCCUACAAAAGACUAGGACUUCCAACCAUACCAUGUAAACUUAUCCCUUCUACAAUUGAUAAUUUAAAGGUAUAUUUAGGAUCUUCAGUUCCUGACUUGAAGUAAUUUAAUUAACAUUAUAAAAAAUAAACUGUCUUGUAAAUUAUAAUAUCAAAUAUAUAUGUUCAUUCAAUGUUUGUUUCUACAUAUAUUUCAACAGCCAUGAUAUUUUAUCUGCCUUUAAAAUAUAAAUUUUCUUUUUGAACAUUAAUUUUGACCAAUAUUAUUUCUUUUCUUUUCCUUUUUUCAACUUACAAUAAUUGCAUGGAAUAACUAAACAGUUUGGAGUAUUUUUACGAAUAUUUUUUACAUUUAUACUUUCUGGAAAAAUUUAACAAUUCUAUAUCUACCAUAUCAUAAUUCGUAAUCCAGAAAUAUAAUGUCAAUUGCAUGUCUCUUAAUUCGUAUAAAUGUUCAAAACAUUCAAACUUUUCAACAGGUUUAAAUUUUUUUCUAAAAUAUUAUUAACUUAAUGCAACUUUUAUAAAUAAUAAUUAUUCUAAGCUGUUUUAUCUAUAGGCCAUUUGCAUGACGGCGUCCUUUUACUACCACUACCAAGAUGUUUUGCGAAUUUUCUUUCUUAUUCAAAUUUGUGUUUCCUCAUGAGAAUAGUGAGACAAUUGGUGCUAAUUAACUGAACAAAAGAAAGUGUGCAAGGGAUUCUGGUAGUGGUAGUAAAUGAUACUAUAAUGCAAGUAAUCUAUUGCCAAUACAAGAAUAAUUUACACAUUUCUAUUUGUUCAGUUAAUUAGCUUGACUUACUAUUCUCAUGAGGUCACAUAUGAUUUAAGAAAAAAAUCUAUAUUCUGGUUGUGAUAGGAUAAAUUUCUCUAACUGUCAAGGUUUUUAUAAUAAUUAUUGUUUCAUAUCGCAAGCAAGGUAUUAAAUAUAUAAAACUGUCAAUUGAACUGCAAAAAAACUAAAUGUGGCAUUAAGAAACCACACAAGGUAUACUGGACAUUAAUACUUAUGUAUGUCAGUGUUUGAGAAAAUGCAUUGAGCUUUGACAUUACAUUUCACUAUAAUGAUAUAUGCCAAGCUUAGGAUACAGACAAUAAUGCACCUCUGGUAUAUAUAUGUCAAGAGAUGAAAUAUUAUACAAAAUGAUCGUUUAGUAAUUCAUAAAAAACUUCAAAUGUCUUCCAUUGUUGUACAAAGGGAAAUGUUUUUUCUAUGAGUGUCAUUAAAGGAAUCAAUGUGAUAA